AUGCAGACGCCUCCCACCAUCCCCAUGCUCCGUAACUUUGCCGUGAUCUUCGUCCUUGGGCCACCUGGCGCCGGAAAAGGCACACUCUGCACCCACCUCGCCCAAACCCACAACCUGAAGCACUACUCGGUCGGCGAUAGUCUCCGCAGUUGGAUGCGCGAAAACCGUACCGCACCACUUGCAGUCCAAAUCCAGGACAAGCUUGACGACCAGGGCUUCCUCGACUCUGACGAUCUGAACCCGUUCAUCCUCCAGGCAAUCAAGGAUGCCCUCUAUCAAGCGGAGCCGGAAUUACAGGGCAUUCUCAUCGAUGGGUUUCCACGAUGCGCAGGGCAGCUAGAAGGCUUCCUCACAUGGCCGUUCAUCAUCGAACUACCACUCGUUCCGAGCUAUCAAGGCGCGGUGAUGCCAAUUGCAAAGCCGGAUAUCGUGCUUUGUUUCAGCGUCACCAAGGAGAAUGCGAGAGCGAGGUAUCUGGCCCGAACGCGGGAUAGCAAUGACAGCGAAGAGAAGUUCGAAAGGCGUUUCGCGGAGUAUGAGGACAAGACUGUGUAUGUUGAAGAAGUCUAUCGGCAGCGCCGCAAACUGAUCGAUAUUGAUUCAAACGGAACAAGGGAGGAAAACGUCGAUACGAUGACGAAGACACUCGGAGAGAGCAGACUAUGGCAGAAGAUCAUGGUUGAAGGGAGGUCAGAAGCGCAUUUUCUCGUGUAA